AUGUCCCACUGGGGAAAUUUCCCUUCACUUCUUAUCUGAAAGCUAAAACAGGAAGUGAGAGGAAAUCCUUGCAAAGUGAGGGAAUCUCAGGGUGUCACCAGGGUACCCAGUAAUAGUGUUCUCCUUGGCAGAUAUCCCCUAUAUUCCUGUUCUGAUAUCAACCCAAAAUUCAGGAUUUUUCUUUUACUUCCACUGAGGAGCGGACUGACAACUCAUGGGUCCCCCGGGCAAUAGGGGCUCAUGGGGCCCCUGUGUCCUUGCCCAAACUCAAAAAAGCCUAUGGAAAAGGUACCAGGGGCAUCUCAUGGGGCCCCCUACUGACCCCGGGCCCUUGGGCAGUGCCCGAGUUUCCAAAUGGUCAGUCCGACCCUGCAUUCACUAUAUCUGGCCUCUCACAGUACAC